UCUGGGGGCGCUGCAGGACAAAGUGAAUUUGACAUCUCUUUCACUCACAGCAAAAAAAAGGGAAAAGAAGAAGAAAAAGAGAGAAGAAGAAAGAAAACAAAAACAAAGAAAAGAAAAGAAAAAGAAAACAAGAAAAGCCACAGAGACGAAAAGAUUGCACAGCGUAGUCAAGGAACAACACGGCCGAUUCUCCACCGUCGCCGGCAUCGCGGGUCUACCGCAUCACCGCGCCGACCGCGCAUCGAGUUGUCGCAUGCACCACACCGGCAGCAAUGGCAGGCCUCGACAACCCCCCGGCCUCGAUGCAGGCCGGCGGGCAGGACGGCCACGGCAGCGUCGCUGAGACUUCGCCGCAACCUCCGCCCCCGUCGUCCAAGAAGAAACAGCGGCGCGGCGCCGACCCGGCCAACCAAAAACGUCGAUGUGUCAGUACGGCCUGCAUUGCGUGCCGCAAGAGGAAGUCCAAGUGCGAUGGCGCGCUCCCGAGCUGUGCGGCCUGCGCCAGCGUCUACGGCACCGAAUGCGUGUACGACCCGAACUCGGACCACCGCCGCAAGGGCGUCUACCGCGAAAAGACCGACACCAUGAAGGCCAAGAGCUCGACCCUCCAGAUCCUCAUCGAGGCCAUCCUGAACGCCGCCGAGGAGGACGUGCCGGCCAUCACGAGGAGGAUACGGACCUGCGACAGCCUCGACGCCGUCGCCGAGUCCAUACUCAAGAACGAGGCCGAGGAAGCAGCAGAUGCGGAGGGAGCCGGCAGCGGCUUGGACGACGACUACCUCACAGGCGCCGCCGACCGGCCGGUGGAGGGCGAGAGGGAGAUUGCGCGGAAGAUGGGCGAGCUUCGCCUCGAGAACGGAUCGGUUCGCUACUUCGGGGGCACCUCGCAUCUGAUCUACCUGGGCGACCAGGCGAACGAGCCCCAAGAGCCCCCAGAACCCGACGCCGGCCUCUCGGUCGAGGACCCGGUCACCAGCUGGACAGAGGUCACCAAGGACAGGCAAUUGAUCGUUCACCUAGUCAACAUGUACUUCAACUGGCACUAUCCCUACUUUGCUACCCUCUCCAAGUCCCUCUUCUAUAGAGACUUCCUCAAGGGCAAGCCGCCCGGCCAACCGCGAACCACCGUCUACUGCUCGCCCCUGCUCGUCAACGCCAUGCUGGCUCUCGGCUGCCACUUCACCCACGUGGCCGGCGCAUUUGCCGUUCCCGGAGACAGCAAGACCAAGGGCGACCAUUUCUUUGCCGAGGCGAAGCGGCUCAUUGUCGAGAACGACGAGUACGCGAAGCCCAGGCUCACCACGGUGCAGGCCCUGGCACUCAUGUCGGUCCGCGAAGCCGGCUGCGGGCGGGAGGCCAACGGAUGGGUGUACAGCGGCAUGAGCUUCCGCAUGGCGCAGGACAUGGGGCUCAACCUCAACCUCGGGGGCACCACGAAGGACAAGAGCCCGCUCGACGAGCAGGAGGUGGACGCGCGCCGGAUAACGUUCUGGGGCUGCUUCCUCUUCGACAAGUGCUGGUCCAACUAUCUGGGCCGGCUGCCGCAGAUCCCCAAAAACACAUACAACGUUCCCAAGUACGACGUCUUCCCGGAGGAAGACGCCGAGAUGUGGUCGCCCUACACGGACGGCGGGUUCGACCAGUCGUUGAGGCAGCCAGCGCGGACGCGGGCGGUCGGGCUGCACCUGAGCAAGCUCUGCGAGAUCAGCAGCGACCUCUUGCUCUUCUUCUACCACCCAAACCACAUCGGGCGGUCGACCGGCAAGAACAUCGAGAUCAAGAAGCUGAGCGAGCUCCAUCGCCGGCUCGAAGAGUGGAAGAAGGAGCUGCCGAACGAAUUUGAGCCGAAGGAUGGCCAGUUGCCUCAUGUCAUCCUGAUGCACAUGUUCUUCCACCUACAGUAUAUCCACCUCUUCAAGGCGUUCCUCAAGUACACCCCGGCGACGUCUCCGUUGCCCGUCCACGUCUCCCCGUGGCGGGUAUGCAGCGCCAACGCGGGGGCCAUCUCCAAGCUCAUGCGCCUCUACAAGAAGCUGUACGAUCUCAGGCAGAUCUGCAACAUUGCCGUCUACAUGGUUCAGACCGCUUGCACGAUACACAUCUUGCACUUGCCCGAGAAGACGGCCAAGCGAGACAUCAUCCACGGCGUCAAGCACCUCGAGGAGAUCGCGGAGGACUGGCUGUGCGCGCGGAGGGCGCUGAGCACCCUGAGCGUGCUGGCGCGGAAGUGGAAGGUCGAGCUGCCGGAAGAGGCCGCCCUCGUGCUACAGCGGACCGACGAGAAGUACGGCACCGUCAGCAUCUCCGACGUCCCCUCGCCGAACCGAUCGGGGCCCUCGGCCACGCAGUCGCCACCACAGUCGCACGCGGGCGGCUCCUCCCCGGGCUCGCCCGCGACCAACGAGCACGACCAAUACCGGUCCCCGACCCACGACGGCAACCCGGCAGGCCAGCCGAUGGCGCUCGACACCCCCGCCAGGAGCCUGGCGCCGCAGAUGCUCAGCACCGUGGCAGCAUCAUCAUCAUCAUCCGGGGUGUCUCCGAGCCUGCAGACCAUGCAGAGCCAUCAGGACGCUCGACGGAUGGCGCCGCCCCUGGCCAUCCCAUCCUCCACCACCAUGUCCAUGGGCGAGCCCCUGUCGCCCAUCAACAACUCGUGGGCCGUCUCGCCGGUGACGCGGACCAUGCCCAGCUACACGCAGGCCUUUGCCCCCGUCCGCGCGCACACCAGCUUGGCACCCUCGGCGCCGCCGUCCUCGCGCUCCGCCGGCGGCGGCGGCGGUGGCAGCCGCCAACUCUCCCCCAGCUCUCUCUACGCCGUCGACGGACAGGACUGGUACCUCAGGGACGGCAUGAACUGGCAGCAGAACUUCCAGACGUGGGGUGGGCUCGGCGCGGGCGCGGGCGCGGGUGCCACCACCCAGCGCCAAACCCAGGGAGGCGGGAGCAGCGGAAAUCCGGGCGUGAGCGAUCCUUCCUCCGUGUUUGUGUUUGGGGGAAUGAAUCUGAACGAAAUGGGCUCGGGCUUUGAGUCGUUGGGGCUGGGUAGCCUUGACCGUCUUUCAGGGUUGGAUUAGACGUUCGUUGCUUCGACGGCAUGGCUUGCAAGCUCGGACACGGAAUGAUGGGUGGUUUGCGGGGCAUUGUGACGGUUCGGGACGGUGUUACGGUCAUGGAACGCAUAUAUAGGUUACAAUACUGUACGGUUGGGAGGC